GUCAUGUUGUAAAUAAAGAAAUAGAGCUGGUCCAAUUUAUACUGUGGGCUCAAACUCAAUACCAAAUUGUUAUAUAAUGGAAUGUACCAUUUUGGUAUUGAGUUUGAGCCCACAGUUUGUCCAAUAACUAAAGCAACACCAUGUGUAUAUGUCGAAGAACGCAAAAAGUUAUUUGUUAAGAUGCAAUGUGUCAUUCCAAUAAUGUUCAAAAUAAAAGGCAAUCCACCCUCUGCUAGCGGAAUUCGUGGUAUUCUUAUGUACAAAAAACCAGAGCAUUAUGGAGAAAUUGUUGUCCGUUGUCCAAAUCAUAAAAAUACGUGCUCAGAAAAGUAUCCUGAGCAUGUAAUGAGAUGUGAUAAUCCACAAACAAGAUACGAAAGUUGUCCAAAGACAAAAAGGUUGUCUAUAUUCAUACCGCUGAAUGCUGUGAAACCAGAUAAUAUAUGUACUGCUCUUGUAUUUUAUUUUAGCACUUUAAUUUCUUUACAUACACAGGACAACGAACCCAGUUCAACGACAGACGUCACAUCAUCCACAACAACAUUAUACCCCCCUCGACAGAGUGUACUCAUGUCAACUGUUAAAGACUCCAGCUCACCCAAACCUUUCCAGUUCUCUAUCACGCAAGGACAACAACCUCGCAAACGACUAAAUCCUUAUGUGAGCGAUGGAUUUGUUGUGAAGAGAGGGAAGUGGAGCCAAGAAUAUGCGGCUGAUUCAUCUUCAAGUUCCGAUGAAACGUUUUAUCUGAAGGUACAUGGUCAGAGGCGUUAUGAAUUAGUAACGAAAAUCAACGAGGCUCUCCAUUUACUAGAUGGUGUAAAGGCACCUGAUCAAAUACCAAACAAAUAUGCAAGUGAUGAAAGAAGUCCUCCAGAAUUCACUAAAAUUCAGCCCAAACUGAACUUGGCAGUUUGGGCUGAAUUUUAG